AUGGAUCAGACUUCCAGCGCACAAAGUCGCGGUAGUGCACCAAGCAAUUUUUAUUCAAUGUCAGGAACUCCAUCCCCUUAUAGCGGUUCGAGUUCGCGAGUAAGUUCAGUUGGUCUGUCGUCAUCUUCUGUCCAAUACAGCGGAUCUACACCCCUAUCCUCACGAGACACAACACAGCAGUUGAUCACUGGCCUGGCUGCCUGCCAGAGGUCGAUCGAGGAACUUCUUCAGACUGUGCGAAGCUCAAACGAGCGGAUUGAAGAACUGGCCGAAAAAGUAAAAAUCCUAGACGGCAGGGUAGAAAAGCUUUCUUCCCAUCCCGUAGAUGGAACUGAGAGUGGUUCUGGUGGACGAGGGGAAAAGAGAAAGAGAACAAAAUCAUCUCUUCUUGUUCAGGUAUGUUUAAAAAUUUUGACUGAAAAACCUUGGAUUGCUGUUGUUUACCUGAUUCCCUCUGCUAAGCUGACGUCAUUUUGAAACGAUCGAACAACGAUGUAAAUUUCUCUCAUUUAAGACUACACCCUGAUGGUAAUUUGCUCAUUUAUAUCAGUUACAUGAUAUCGUUCAAAAUCUCAGUUAAGCUUAAUGAAUACAUGUCAGUCGCUGGUUAACUUUUUAAUUUUAAAAGUUUAAGGGAAGCUGCUUGCUCUGACUUUUCAGUCGUUCUAUUGAUCGAGGUGAGAAAAGUUUCAUGUAAGCGUGAUUAAAGCUUACAAGCUUUUGUCUUGGUACCGCUCAAUCUGGGUCACUUAGAUUUCAUUUAGUUUGUGGAGUUUUCAUGAGAGGCUGAACACAACCUGUUUGUGAAGCAAGUUGCUUGCUUUACCGUGAAAAUGGAAGUUUAUAAUGUUGCACUGAAUGCGGCAGUAUUCAAAUUUGUGUUAUAGGAGGAGGUUCACAAGCUCCACAAUAGCAGAGACCCCGCAAUGCAAUACAGAGGAAGGGAAUCGUGAGUAAAAAUUAAAUUAUGCACUUGUUUAGAAUUUAAAUUCUGAUAAAGACCUAGUGCAUGUAUAUCUAUUUCCAAAUCGCAUGAAAUUGUAUAUGAUUCAUGUAAUGCCAGCGCGAAGACAAAGCCACACGCGGAACUCUGUGAUUUUGUUGGCAAAGUUUUGCCGCCAUCUUCCAUUUGAGGAAGAACUCUGAACUUGCCGCCUAAGUAUUUUGUAUAAAAAUAGGGGCCCGUUUCCGAAAGUUUCAAUCAACUUGUGCGCGCGAAAAUAUUCGGACCCGGUGAGUUCUCGUGCAGGACUUUUUUAGGUCCCGGCAGAAGAAUCACUCAUGGCAAGCUUUCUUGGGUAAGAAUUAUUCCCGCUAACUAAACACUGUAUCUGCUGUACCUCUGCACCAUUUCCCCGCGCUUUCAUAGGAAGGAAGCUGUUGACCAAAGGUCAUGUUCACCAGUUUUCCUGGUUUUCGCGAGCUACCAACUUUGCUGAAACUUGGCGGGGAUUUUACAAAUUGAACAUCAGAUUUUGGGGGAUUUUGAAGGUAUUCUAAGUCGAUCGGCAGUGUUCGAAAGAAAUUUAAGUGCUAAAAAACCCGAAAUAAGGAAAGAAGUCAAAUCAAAAUUGUACAACGGAAAUCAAUUGGUAAUUAAAAUUUAUCAUGCAGGUUUUAGGGUAUUUCUUUUUGUGGGACUGAUGUUACCUAAUUAAGACCCCGUCCACACUGCACCGGAGAAAUUUGAAAACGGAGUUUUUACUCUGAAAACGCAUCAAAUGUUCUCCGUCCACACUCCGCCGGAGAAAUUUGAGAACGCAACAAUCACCAGUCGUAAAAACGCUUGAGUGCACCCUUGAGGGUUAGGAUUAAUCACAAGAUUAUCGUGAAGUCAUUGUUUUCGAAAAGCUCCGUUUUUAAAAUGUUUACUGUCCACACUAAAACGCAAAGCCAAAUUCCUCCGGUUUGAAGAGCGUUUUCGAAAAGCUCCGUCUUCGUCUCCGGAUUAGUGUGGACAGUCUUAACCGUGGAAUAAAGCUGCGUUUUUAAAUUUCUCCGACGCAGUGUGGACGGAGCCUAAGGUAGGCUUGAGGACCCAUGAGCACUUUUUCUCAUAUGUAGACUUGGACCCAUACAUUUAACCCAAGUUUAAGAGUGAAUAAGUAAAGGCACUAAAAAUUUUUUUCAACGAGAUACAGAAAUCUAAAUAUUUUGUAUAUUUUCUCCCUGUCAGGGUCACCAGCCCUCAAAAAAAAAAGGUAACUAGCUGAUUGUUGAUGAAGGUAAUUUAGUGUUAACAACUGAGUUGAAAACGUAAAUUAGCCACCGUAAAGCGUAAAAAAGCUGACGUUUCGAGCGUUAGCCCUUCGUUAUUGCUCUGACGAAGGGCUAACGCUCGGAACGUCAGCCUUUUUACCCUUUACGGUGGCUAAUUUACGUUUCCAACUCAGUUGUUAACACUAAAUUACCUGCUAUACUCUCUCACCGACGCAGCACCACAGUUUUUUUAGAAACUUACCCCUCUAUUGAAUGUUGAUGAACUUUGCCGCCAAGGCCACCGAGGUGGAUUUGGUAAAGCUGCUGUACAAAGUAAGUUUACCAUAUAAGCAAUUUAAAACUCGAGGACACCACUGCAACCAAGAUUUAUUGUCCAUAAUAGAUAAAGAUAGUCAGUAUCUUCGCCCUCGUCAACUAUCACACGAUAGAAAUCUCGAGUUCAUAAUCUAAUUGUUAGAUAGAAACACUCGUGAAAGUUAGGGAGCACUCGAAAAAGCUGUAUAGGAAACACUUGCCUGUUGCCUAAUGUUCCCUCGGCAUUUCUUGUUCCCUCAAUUCUAUGACUUGACAGAAACACGGAACAUGUUGGCUAUUUCUUUAUUAUUAAUGCAAGUUUCCUGCAGUCUGUCUUCUCCAAUUGUACCGGCACGGCAGCGUAAAUAUUUAUUUUGAACAAUCAAAACCCUUGAUAACUUCGGGUCUUUGACUUUUAAAACAUUUUUUAGUGUCACUUGAGUUCAUUUGGCUUUAAUUUUCUCCAUUUCCCCCGUAGAUUUUGUGCUUUCCAUUCACUGUUAACGGUUAACUGGCUUAAAUGUCCUCGCUCAAACCAAAGUAUAAAAUGUGGCGUGUUUUUGACCAGCCAAUAGGGACGUUUGUUUACUUUUUUUUGUGAGCGUUGUGAGAAUUUUGCUCUCUAUCGCAAUAAAAGGCUUCUUCGCGCAGAUCCUUAUUGUCGCUCUGUCAUAAAAGAAUUUGCUCAUGCUUUUAGCUCAAAAAGCUAGAGUUGCUCUCGGCUGCGCCUAGAGCUACUCUUAGGCAUUUUUCGUGCUCUCUAAACUUCCUGCGUGCAUCCUUAACUCGAUAUACGCACGCUAAGCAUGUAUUGUUAGGAGUGUAAAACAUUUCAUAUCCCAGUACGUGCAACCAGCCUUUAUAAAAUCUUCCUUGUAAUCAGGCCCCAAUCGCGCAAUUUUGAAAUUAAAGCCUUUUUUUGUUUUGUUCAGGGACUGCAAAAAAGUAUCAUGAGCACUUACAGAGGACUGCCCUUGGAAAAAUAACGGAUGAAAUAAAAUUGAAAAAUAAGAAAACUUUACGAAAAGAACGGGCUAGCAUACAGUUAAUAUGCAUUAAAAUAACUAAAAUGACACAUCUUGAAUUGAAUGAUGCAAUGAAAGUUAGUUGAAGAGUACUAAAAAGCAAAUUUUUCUUUAUCUUAUAGAAAUAUGAGAGAAGAAAAGCUCAUGUCAAGGAUGAGACUGAGUCCCGUGCCUUCGCAAAGUUAAGUAAAGAGCACAUGUCCAGUGACGAUGGUGACACAGAUACUGAUGAAAGCGAAGGAGGAUGGGUGCUUAGGCCCCCAAAAUACAGGAGCAAAACUCUUGAAGCUUUGCUAAACAAGUAAGAAGUAUACUAAAGGCUUAUUCCUUUACUGAUAUUCCUUAUAGCAAGAAAGAUGGAAAUGUUUUUAUCCUUACACAUUGCCAAUAUUACUGUCCAGUAUUGCCAAACUGUUCCUUGUUAUCGGCAAUGAUGGAUUGUAAAUGUCAGGAAGGCUUUAAAGUAAAUUUAUUUGUUAGUCACCUAUUAGUGCUUUUUGCCCGGUUUUUUACUUCACGGUUUCAAUCAAGCCAACGGCAUCUUCUAAUUAUAAUACUGUUAUUGUCUUAGGCUUGACAAGCGCAGCGAAAAGACAGAAAACGCAACGAACAAAAGGUGGAAACGAACAAAGGCUCGUAAAGGGAAGCCUGCAGAAAAAGAACCACCCACAGGUUCUCCUAAAUGGGCUCUGUCCGAUGAAUGGAGGGAAAUCAUGCAAAGGAGAGAGCAGGAACAAACGAAAAUGUGA